AUGCGCUUCGCAAGAGAGGUCGGAGAACUACUCGAUGCCAUCAAGGACAAGAUCGAUGGUGGAGCUGAAGGGCUCCUUGGCGAUGCUGGAGAUGCAGUAGCAGAUGCUUUCGGCAAUGUUGGAGAGAGCAUCGAUAAAGCUGUCGGCGGUGCUGUUGACAACGCUGGUGAUGCCGUUGCAAGUGCUUUUGGCAAUGCUGGAGAUGUUCUUGGAGACUCAUUUGAAGACAUGCAAGACGUAGCUGGCGAUAUGGUCAAAGACAUUAAAAAUGCGUUUCAGCAGAAACUCAACGAAUUAGAUGACAAAUUUGAGGAUUUGGCCGACAAUAUCAACUUCGGAGGUUGUUCUAAUCUUCAUCCGUCCAAUGACUUCCCGGUAAUGGAGUGGGCCGCUUGGACGAUGGUCUUUCUUCCGCUCAUUUCGAUCAUCAUCAACUGCAUCUUUACGAGAAAGCAGACCAGCAAAGAAGAUGAUGGCGAAACAUCGCCAGUCCAAAGCAAAUCGGUUCACUCCUCAUCUGUUGGACUUGUAGGCAUUCUCUCGAUGAUUGCUGGAACUCUCUUCCUUAUCUUCUACUACAAUUUCAAAAACUGUAACGAAGCUACUUUCGGAACAUGCUGGAAUCAAACUAUGCUAAAAUGGCACGUUGGAAUGACCCUUGCUGUUGUUGUUGCCGGAGCCAUCUGCUCGACAUUGAUCACGAUUGUUAUGAUCAUGCUCGUCUGCCAAGGUGGUGGAUGCAUGCAGGCAAUUUGCUUUCACAUCUUCCUUCAAUUCCAAAUCACACUUAUCUUUGCCGCUCCUGUUGUUGCUGUUGCCUACGGAUGGGACUACACUUUCGGAAGCUGCGAAAUUUUGAAUUUAUUGUAA